AUGGAUCAAUCACGCCCAAGGAGAGCUGCAAUCCCAAUCGUUGACCCCUCCAGUCGACAGCCGAAUGUAGACCAGCUUAGAACGACCAAUCUAACACACCGGCCUCACUUUACCGGUGCUACUGCUAAUGGUGUCAGAGUUGCGCCGUAUCCAGCUCCCAACACCCAUGCUGCCAAUGGACUCGGGCAUAUCCAAGGUGCUCGAUCCCAGGGACCCCCUUCAUCAUGGACACCCUACAUCUUUGCGCAGACUUACACUCCGGCCUAUCUCAUUGCCAUAAACCGCUCUCCGGCCGUGAGUAAAUACACCGCGCCCUUGAAGACUAUAGACUUCAAUGCGUACCGUCAGCAGUUUGCUGGCGGCCUCUUCCUCGAGCCUACCAAGGCCCAUGCCAUGCCUCCCAUCAAGAGCGUCCCCGUCUCCGUAUCCCUCCAUGUAAAGAAUCUUAAGCCUGCCACUUACCUCUACUACUUCGAUGAGUGUCUCCUGCUGGAAGCCUACCAGCAAACCCUGGAUCUGGCCCAGCUCUGUCUCUACAACGUACCCAUCAUGCUCGUCGACCUGCAGCGUAGGCUGUUCGAGAUCAAGGUUCCCGGACUCAAGGACGAUGCCCCUUCCAUCGAUCUCGGAGACACCGUGCUUGUACGCCAGAUAUUGCACUCUCCAAACCAGAUGUCCCGGGGAGCAGAAUGGCUGGCCAGUAACCAACCCACGCUCACAGGUUCAAUCGCCCCGGGGUUCAAUGGCCAGCAGCUCCAUGCCGUCGUCGUGGGUGUAUCUCGAGCCAAGGAGAUCGUCCGAUUGCGUAUUGACCAUUUUGAUAUGAGCGUUAGCUCCACAUACUCCUGGCUUGCCAAUAUAUUGUUCACCGUCCAGCCUAAUCGCUAUGUGCCACUUUGGGAGGCCCUUACCAGCAUUGAUAACGGUUGGAGUUGGCCACCGUCUUCCUCCUCAGUCUUUGGAGAAUGCUCGGGCGGCAUUCAAGACGAGUCCAAUUGGUACCGUCAUAUGCUCUUCCCCGAACCAAGCCAUGGACGCAUGCAGAAAAGUCUCCCAAAAGGAUCCUUUGCCCUUGACUGGGUCGAUCCCGAUCUCAACUAUGAACAGAAGAAGGCUGUCGAUUCCAUAAUUUCCAGAAACUAUGGCAACGUUCCCUUCCUGAUUUCCGGUGUCCCAGGCUCAGGCAAGACAAAGACAGUCGUGGAGUGUACCCUCCAGAUAUUGAAUCGAUCCUCGGAUAUAGAACCCCAUAUCUUGCUCUGUGCGCCAUCUAACCCUGCUGCCGAUACGCUGGCAAUCCGUCUUGCUCCUCACCUCAAACCUAAUGAAAUGUUCCGUCUGAAUGGAUGGGCUAGGACCUUUGCAGAAGUGCCCAGUGCGCUGCUACCUUACACAUACAUAGAUAACGACAUGUUUUCGCUUCCAGGAUUCAAGUCCAUGAUGAGCUACAAGGUCGUUGUAACAACCUGUCGGGAUGCCGAUAUGCUGGUCAAAGCCCGUUUAACGAACCACGAUCUAAUGAAACUGGCAUGCGAAACUGUAGCUGCAGUUUCUCCAAGGACACCCAUCAAGGCGCAAGACAUGCUCCAUUGGACUGCCCUACUGAUUGAUGAAGCAGCGCAGGAUACUGAGCCUACAGUAUGCGUCCCAUUAACGGUAGUAGCAACCCCUCUCUCUAUCAAUGACUCCACCGAUUCAAAGUCAAGCUUGCCAUUAUUCGUAAUGGCAGGUGAUCAUCAUCAACUGGGUCCUCGAAUCCACAACCACGAUACUUCACUUUCGAUCUCCCUCUUUGAGCGGCUAUUCUCCCGUCCAUGCUAUGCGGACCAUCCUCUCUCACGCCGGAAUGCAGGCCCAUACAAGAAACUCGUUCAAGAAAUGCUCCCAAUCCCGCGUCCUGCUUUCACAAACUUAACUCGCAACUACCGAUCUCACCCUGCCAUUCUCCCGGUCCCUUCGGUCUUGUUCUAUAGCGAUACACUUAUUCCCUGUGCUACCCCCGUUGAGCCAGAUGGGCCAGUCCCAACCUGGCCAGAAUGGAAGAGUCCAUAUCGCUGGCCGGUGCUGUUCAGCUGCAACACUUCACUAGAUAACGUUGAAGAAGUCCUUCAUCGGCCAGCAGGGAAUGGCGUUUACAACCCUGGAGAAGCCUUACUGGCCUUACAUUACGCGAAAUCCCUCCUUCAACAUUCUGGAGUCCUCCACAAGGAAAACCCAGAUUCCCCAGCCUUACCCGUCGUCCCCAAGGAAAUCGCCAUAAUAUCUCCCUUUAGGUCUCAGGUCGCUCAUCUCCGCGACGUUUUCCGCUCUCACUCUCUCCACUCCGUUAAUAUUGGCCCACUAGAAGCAUUCCAAGGCCUUGAAACCCGCUUCCUCAUCAUCUGCACAACACGCACACGGUCAGACCCACAGUUCGUUAAACAGGACCAAUCUCUUGGCUUAGGGCUGGUGGGCGAAAAGAAACGAUUCAACGUUGCUCUUACCCGAGCAAAGGAAGGGGUCGUUAUAAUAGGAAACCCUAACGUUCUCGUUGAUGCCGGAAAGGAUGAAACGUGGCGAGAGUUUUUGAGUUAUUGUGCAAGGAAUGGGUGUUGGGCCACCGAGGAUAGUGCAAAGCUCGAGAGGAGCGGUACUCUUCUGCAGGAAUAUGAAGUCGGAUCAGUGCGGGAGAAUACAAACAAGAGUGCGAAAUGGCUCUCCGGAUAUGUCAGUCGGUUGGAAAGAAGUCUACUAUACGGAGAAAUGCAACAGAACAGGGCAAGGAAUGGGAACCAGCUCCUUGAAAACAAAAUGGCCACUGCUCGAGGUCAGGGUAUUAAUACCAGUGGGCCCGACGAUUAUGAUGCUGCAAUGUGGACAGCAGGAAUUGCUGCCGAAGAAGUUUUGAGGGGUGCAUUAGAUAACUAG